AUGGUAUUUGCAAUUCAAUUUUCGGUGAUGGGAUAAGAUAAUAAAAAGAAUAAUGUGAUGAUGAGAGUAAAAUAUUAUUUGAUGAAUGCAUUAAUUGUUAAUUUUGAUGUCAUCAGUAUUAUGUUAAUUUUCUUGAAGGAAUUUUUUAUGAAUGUCUUAACAAUACUAUAAAUUGAUUAACGUGGUAGCGGAAUAAAAUCUUACAUGAAUAAUGUAAUGAUGGCAAUCUUAUUGAUGGUGACAGUUUUUCCUCUAAAUGUAAGAUUGAAGUGGAUUAUAUGUAUUAAGAGAAAACUUAUAGUACUUUGAAUGCAAAUACUCUGAAUCCCAUAACAAGAUAGUCAAAUUCUUAAAUCAAGCUUAUAAUAAAUAUUAUCUUGAAAUUUCAUUCUCUUCAGCAAUCUUUUUUUUUUAGGUAUACUAGAAUCUUUUUAGAUUAUAGUAUUGAUGAAUCACACAAUGAGGAUUAUUAAAUCAAAUUAGAAUAAAACUAUGAAAAAAAGUAAUUAAUUAGAUUCUAAAAUUUGAAUUUUAGAUAUAAAUUGAAUUCUAAAUUUCUACUAAUAAUAAUCUUGUUUAGUUUAAUUAUAUUUCUGACUUAUAUUUGA